AUGAAGAGAUUUAACGAAGGAAAUAACAAUGGUGAGACCUCUACAGGUGGUCAGAAAUUUCAAAGAAAUGAUAAUCAUAAUAGAUCAAAUACUAAUUACCAAAACAACAGAGAUAGAGAUAGAGAUAGAGAUAGAGAUAGAGAUCAAGUGUCAGAGAAUGACAGUGAAACAAUUAAACUCUUUAGAACAUAUAGGGAUCAAUUGAAUGAAAGUAAUGAUAAGAGAGAAAGAAUAGUAAAGGUAUCACGUGAUGUUACUGCAAGUAGUAAGAAGAUCAUUUCAUUGUUACAACGUGCACCCUUUGAAGAUAAAGAAUCGAUACUACAACAAGCAGUGUCAGAGUUUGACAAGGUACAUCAAUUGAUUGCACAAAUCAUCAAGGAGUUGGAGAACGAUGAAUUCUGGAAGUAUCACCGUUCAUUCUCCUUUGGCGUACAAGAGUACAUUGAAGCAAUCUCUUUCUUCUAUUACUUAAAAUUCAAUGGUAGAUUGAUUACUCUCGAUUAUAUUUAUACAACAAUGAAAGAAUCAUUGAAAGUCGAAACAUUAAAUAACUUUGUUAUUUCAAAUGAAGAUUAUCUAUUGGGAUUGGCAGAUCUCACAGGUGAACUAAUGAGAUACACAACCAAUUGUGUCAACGUUAAGGAUUACAAUGAGUGCUUUAGAAUCAACACAUUUAUUAGAACGAUAUACAAUGGGUUCAAAUUUUUCCAUUUAACUAAAGAUCUACAGAGUAAGAUGAACGUAACUGAACAGAAUUUACAAAAAGCAGAAAAAAAUAAUCUUUUUAUAACCAUCCACAAGUUGUCCGACGAAAGAAUAUCCUGGGUUGAUAAUUUUUGUAAAAAACAAUCGUUCCUCUUUGGAGCAGGUGGUAUCUUGAUUGGACUAGGUAAUCCUAUUUUCAUGGCUGGUGUUUAUAGUGGAUCGGCAACUGCAUUGACCACACCUAGUCAUCGUGCUGCACUACCCAAUUUCCAACAGAUCACCGUUGCUUCCAAAGACCUCGAAUUGAGUUAUGCCGGUUUGGAUCUACAGAAUGCUACAUACACACGUCAAUAUAAAUCAAAUGUAUACAGUACCACUGUAAAUCAAUUGUAUUAUGCUCACCAAUUGAUUAGAAAUGCAUUGAUUCAAGAGAUUACCGUUGACAACUCACAAUCGGGUGGCGAUUAUCAUUUGAAUUUGGAAACAAUCGACUAUUCGAGUCUCUCAAACUCUGAUAUCAAUGUUGUUGCCAAUGGCGGUGGACCAGGUCAAGCUGUAUCUCAAUUCAUUGCAAACAUAACCAAACCAGAGUUACCCAAUGGUUAUAUCACAUCGGUUGCAAUGGUAACAACAAAUGUACCAAGCGAAAUCACUGUUCCUGCCAACACUGUACAAACCUUUUAUUUCAUGACCGUUAUGACAUCGAAUUUAGAGAAUGAUGACAAUUAUUUUAUUGAAAUAGCAACCGAUAUCUAUAAGAAUUUCUAUCCUAUGGCAUCGAGUUUACUCCAAGAGCAUAUCGCCUCGUGGGGUAACAUCUGGAAUUCUCGUGUCGAAAUCGGUGGAAACUUGGAGUUGGCGCAAGUAGUCAAUUCAUCAUUUUAUUAUAUCUACUCAUCGAUUCGUUCUGAUUGGGCGUGGAGCUUGUCACCAGGCGGAUUGGCAUCGGACGGUUACCACGGACACACUUUUUGGGACGCCGAGACCUGGAUGUAUCCACCAAUUUUGGCACUCCAACCAAUAUUGGCAAAGAACACCGUACUCGAAUACCGUAUGCAACGUCUUAACGAAUCACAUUUGAAAGCACUCAGUUACGACCAAGGUUGGACUGGAUACAUGUUCCCUUGGGAGUCGGCAUUCACCGGUACAGAAACCUGUCCAACCAUCGCUCCAACUGGACUACUGGAACAACAUAUCACUGGAGAUAUCUCAUUUGCAUUACGACAAUACUAUUAUGCAAGUGGUGAUUCCCUUUGGCUGUUGGAAACUGGAUAUCCAGCUAUAAAGGGAAUCGCUCAAUUCUGGGCCAGCAGAGUUGUAUUGUCACCACAAUCCACUCCGUCGCAGCCACAGUACGACAUCAACGUUGUCAUUCCACCCGAUGAAUAUGCAGUCGGUGUCAACAACUCUGUUUACACCAAUGUCAUUGCCAAGUAUGCAAUUGAAUGGGCAUUGGAAGCAGCUGCCAUAGUCCAAGACAAAACCAUCCCAACUGAACUCUGGCAAUCGAUUUCCGACAAUUUGAAAAUACCAUUCGACGCUGCCACUCAGAUGCAUCCGGAAUACGAUGGAUACGCCGGUCAGACUAUUAAGCAAGCCGAUGUCAUCCUCCUCGGAUAUCCACUGAUGUUCAAUAUGAGCGAAGAGGUUCGUCGUAACGACCUUGAGUACUACCAAAAAGUGACCGAUCCAAACGGACCGGCAAUGACCUACUCAAUGUUCACAGUGAAUUGGCUGGAACUUGGUAACCAGAGCAAAGCAGAAGAGUCGUGGGCAACCUCGUACGCCAACGCUCAGAUGCCAUUCAAGGUUUGGACAGAGACACCUACGGGUGGCACCGUCAACUUUAUCACUGGUGCAGGUGGAUUCCUCCAAGGUGUAAUAUUUGGCUAUGGUGGCAUGAGAAUCAAACAACAGGAAAUCACAUUCAAUCCACAACUACCACCUGGUGGUACAACAAGUAUGAAGUUGAAAUCUCUGAAAUAUAUGGAAGCAGAGUUUGACAUCUAUUGGGAUACACAACAAAUUCUGGUGGAACUUAUUAAUUACUCUGCAAACUAUCCAUCAUUUACUUUGACUGUAACCAACAUUAAUCAACAACAACAAUACCAACUUCAGUUAAAUGAACCUAUCACAUUAGGUUCAGGUUCUACUCUUUCGAUUUCAACAACUCAAUAA